GGGGAGGGGACUUCAUGUUGACGAAACGAAACUGAAGGUCCAGAUCAACCGAAGCAACCGACCUGGAAGCAGUGCACUCGUUCAGGAGAAACAUAAAACGCAUUUUGAAACACGCUGACGGACAGAAACAGCAUCAAGGAAUGGCCUCUGCUAACACCUCCUGGCCUGAAGAGAACUUUUCAUGUUCCAUCUGUCUGGAUGUGUUCAGCAGCCCAGUUUCCACACCAUGUGGACACAACUUCUGCAGAGCCUGUAUUACUAAGUUCUGGGAUGAACAAGUCAAGUACAAAUGUCCUGUUUGCAACGAGCUUUUCAAGACAAGACCUGAUUUACGGGUCAAUAUCCUAAUUUCAGAGAUGGUUGAUCGGUUUGGAACGUCCCUACGAGUAAAAGAGCAGCCUUGUGUUGAACCAGCAGAAGUUCCCUGUGACGUCUGUACUGGGACCCAGCUGAAGGCCGUGAAGUCUUGCCUAAUGUGUCUUACCUCUUACUGCCAAACCCACCUGGAGCCACACCAUAGAGCCGCAGGCCUGAAGAAACAUCGGCUGGUCGAGCCUAUGGACCGUCUGGACGACAGGAUGUGUAAGAAACACGACCGACUUCUGGAGCUCUUCUGCCAGACUGAACAGGUGUGUGUGUGUCUGUUGUGCACAGUGACGGACCACAAGUCACAUCCUGUUAUACCUCUGAAGGAGGAAUAUGAAGUGAAGACGGCCCAGCUGGGGAAGAUAGAGGCUGAAGUUAAGCAGUUGAUCCAGGAGAGACAAAAGAAUAUUCAGGAGAUUAAAGACACAGUUAAACGCAGCAAAGCAGACGCAGACAGAGAGAUAGCUGAUGGUGUGCAGGUCCUCACUGCUCUGAUGCGCCACAUUGAAAAGUGCCAGGAUGAUCUCAACCAAAUGGUUAAAGAGAAACUGAAAUCCACAGAGAAACAAGCUGAAGACCUCAUCAAAGAGCUGGAACAGGAAAUAGAAGAUCUGACCAAUAGAAGCUCAGAGGUGAAGCAGCUCUCACACACUGAAGACCACCUCCACUUCCUCCAGGCCUUCAGAUCCCUGAAGGAUCCUCCACCCACCAGGGACUGGACCACGGUGGAGGUCCGUCCUCCGUCAUACGUAGGGACCUUGAGGAGAUCCCUGGAUCAGCUGCAGGAGACACUGAACAUGGAGAUGAAGAAGCUGCGUGAUGCUGAACUGAAGAGGGUCCAGCAGUAUGAAGUAGAUGUGACUCUGGAUCCUGAUACAGCUCAUCCCCGUCUCAUCCUGUCUGAGGAUGGGAAACAAGUACAUGAUGGAGGUGUGAGGAAGAGACUCCCAGACAACCCUAAGAGAUUUACACUGUUGGGAGGUGUUCUCACGAGGCAGAGCUUCUCCUCAGGGAGAUUUUACUUUGAGGUCCAGGUUAAAGACAAUAAUGAUUGGUUGUUAGGAGUGGUCAGAGAGUCCAUCGUCAGAAAAGGUCUGAUCAGGUGGACCCCUGAGAACGGUUGCUGGACUCUUCUCUACUACCAGGAUGGGUUGGUAUUUAGAGAUGACCCUGCUGUCCGUCUCCCUCUGAGAGCUGGGCUCCAGAAGGUGGGGGUGUUUGUUGAUUAUGAUGAGGGUGUGGUCUCCUUCUAUGAUGUGGAAGCCAGGGUUCAUCUCUACUCUUCUACUGGCUGCACCUUCAGUGAGCCUCUCCAUGCACUCCUCACCCCAUGUUCCCAUGUUUUUCAAGGUAACAACUCCGCCCCCCUCAUCAUCUCACCUGUCAAUCAAACAGACUAGGACCUUUGUAUGGUGAUAAAAUAAUCAAAGCAAUUACUAUAUAACUAAUAAUAACUAUAACUAUAAUAACUGAUUCAUUAAGCCAUUAACACUGUUCUAUAAAAAAAUAUAACCCAUUAUAACCUUUAAGUCUACUUUAUAAUCAAUAACUUUUAUCUGAAUGUUUAAUAUUUUCAAUUAAUGAAAAAGGAAAUGUAUUAGAUAAGGUGAAACAUUGAUUUUGAUCAAUGUAUUAGUUGAUUUAAGCAAAUAGUAAUAUUACUUUAAUCUUUGAAUCAUGUUUGACAACACAGUACAAUGUUUGUAAACUUUUGAGAUUUGAAUAAAAAUGUACUAAAAGUAGAAUGGGGACAUCUUCUGUGGAAUAGUUUCAUUCUCAGUGCAAUAUAUAUUCAGUGGAAUAGGUACAUUCUCAGGACAAUAUGCAUUCAGUGGAAUAGGUACAUUCUCAGUACAAUAUGUAUUCAGUGGAAUAGGUAUAUUCUCAGUACAAUAUGUAUUCAGUGGAAUAGGUACAUUCUCAGUACAAUAUGUAUUCAGUAGAAAAGGUACAUUCUCAGUAUGUAUUCAGUGGAAUAGGUACAUUCUCAGUACAAUAUGUAUUCAGUAGAAAAGGUAUAUUCUCAGUAUGUAUUCAGUGGAAUAGGUACAUUCUCAGUACAAUAUAUAUUCAGCGGAAUAGGUACAUUAUCAGUACAAAAUGUAUUCAGUAGAAUAGAUACAUUAUCAGAACAAUAUGUGUUCAGUGGAAUAGGUACAUUCUCAGUACAAUAUGUAUUGGAAUAGGUACAUUCUCAGUACAAUAUGUAUUCAGUGGAGUAGGUACAUUCUCAGUAUGUACUCAGUGGAAUAGGUACAUUUUCAGUACAAAAUGUAUUCAGUGGAAUAGGUACAUUCUCAGUACAAUAUGUAUUCAGUGGAA